AUGCUGGGCUUAACUGUGAUAUAUGUACCUGUCUUGAGUAAAGAGCUCACUGCCGAGAAAGGCAGCACCGAUAAGGAUUUAGUUAAACAGCUCGAGAAUGUGGUGAGUCAUUGGACCACUCAAAUCAAACUAACCCUCAUCGAUGAGGAAGAAACAGAUCUGCAACAACUUCUUUCCCUUGAUGACGAAUACGAUUUCUGGAUCUAUAGAUACGAUAAUCUCUAUGGAUUAAAUUAUCAAGUUCACAAACAUAUGGUUGAACGUAUCAUAAAUAUAUUAAUGUUAAACCAAUCAACUUAUGUGGAUCAAUUUCUCAUAUUACGAGAAGACAUAGAAUUGGGUAUCAUUAAAGCUAGAUCGAACAUUGAGUAUUUAUCACUUCUGAAGGAACCUUGCAGGAAAUUAAAGCAAUGCACAACACCAGAAGGAUUAAUUCCGAUUCUACCGAAAAUUAUACAUCUCUGUAGAACUAUCUGGUUAAAUUCGCCUUACUACAAUACCACCGAGAAAAUGACUAAUCUGUUCACUACAUUGAGCAACGAUAUCAUUAUAAUCUGUCGGAACUUAAUCGACCUUCGGCAAAUAUUCAAAGGGAAAACUCGUGCCAGCAUCCAAAUGUUCUCCGAUUGUAUUCGUGUUUGCGAAGAGUACAAGAAACUUUAUAUUCAAAUUUCAAAUGCCCAUAAUAUGUACACCAAAUAUCCAUGGGAAUUAGACAUCGAUAACAUUUUUUAUCAUAUAAACAUUUUUAUCGAAAGAUGCCAAGACAUGAUAGUCAUCUGUAAUGCGAUGAUAGACUUUGCCAGAAUGGACGAAACAACUAACAUUCUAAGACCAAAGUUUGUUGGAACCAAGGGAGAAGAACACAGUAGAGCCUGUCAAAAGAUCGAAAGACUCUUUCUCGAGAGUUUACAGAAAAUCGAAGUAAACUCUCAUAAAAUAUUCGAUGUGCUGCACGUCGCCUGGCAGAACAUUAUGUCUGUCUUUCGCAACGAAGUCAGAGAAUUGGAGAUAAUAAUCGAGAACUUGAUAGCAACCGUCUUCGUCGACAUGAACAACGUGCAAGAGGGUAUCGAGAAUCUCCAUGGAUUUUACAAUUAUAUGAACAGAGAGGAACUACAGGAGCUCUUCAAUAAUAAGACUAUGGAGGUAUGGAAAAUGUUCGACAAUGAUAUUCAAUUUACAAAGCAAGAUAUCUUAAAUUAUAAACAAAAAUAUUCAUCGAUGAUGCCGCAUUACUCCGGCAAAGCAUUGGCCCUGGAACAAAAAGCAUAUAAUUUGAAAAGAACGAAAAAAAUGAUGGAAGAUGCUGAAUGGAUGCCAUAUUGUUCCAUGAAAUUUGAGAUCUUCAAUCAGUGCGAAAUCCUUAUAAAGUCAAUCGAAGACUUAAUAAAGAAUCUUUAUAACGAGUGGAUCGAAGAAUCUGGUGAAAAUCCACGCACUCAUCUCGAUCGAUACUUAAUGAAACACCACGCACAAUUUCCCCUGUUACUCGACUGUAAUAUGGAUUCUUUUAUAUUAAAUCUUUGCCGAGAAUGCGAUAGUUGGAUAAAUCUUCGAUUUCAUAUACCAAUCCAAAUGACUGUUAUACAUGUUAAAAAGGACAUAAUCUUUUUUACUUACGAAGGUAUCCUUGCAGUGAUCCAUACUUACAACAAAAUAAUACAAGCAUUGUCCGACAGAGAACGUGAACUGUUUCGAGAAUUAAUCCGGAGGGUCGACGGACAGAUCAAUCCUGGCUUAAAUAGACUAACGUGGAACACGGAGAACAUCGAAAAUUACAUUGAAGAUUGCUACGAUCAAGCAAGAAAUCUCCUUGAUUUCAUUAAUGUUUAUAAGAAAGCUAAUAAUGAGAUAGUAAAGAUAUGCGAGAAUAUUUGCGAAUUGUCGAUGAUCAAGUUAAAACCGAAUUAUGCGUACACCUUGUCAGAAUUGCAGGAGGAACUUGUAAACGUGAGGGAUGCGGUUACUGCCAAUAUACUUACAAAGUACAACAUGAUAGUUCAAUACAUCAUGGUGGUCUUCAACGGAUUUAAAGGAGUAAUCCAUGACAUAUUAAAGGAGUGGCAACAAUAUUUGACCCAAUUCGAUAUAGUAAUUCAGAAAACACUGAGAUUAUGCCUUAUAAAUUCUAUGAAUGUCAUGUAUAAGGCCCUUCACGGAAACGGGACGGCAGGACCAUCUCCUCUUCUACUGGUGCAACUGGAGUUGCUCAACAAUAAGAUACACUUCACACCAAACCUGUCGGAUAUCGCCACAACCUUAUCGAACAUUUUCAACCACCUAUUAACACCGAUUAAAGACAUCCAACGAUUAACCGUAAAAUUCAAUGUUCCCAUUAAAGAUUUAAAAUUUUAUUGGACUAAUUACGAGAAGGACCAAGAACUUAAUCAUUAUCAACAAUUGCUUAACAAUGAGAUGAAUCAUUGUUUUUCCCAAAUAAAAACGUACCUUAAAACGUGGGAAUCUUUCAAGGACGUCUGGGAAGUCAAUAAGGAUAUUUUCAUUCAUAGAUAUGAAAAAUUGAAACCAACGGCUACAUCUUUCGAUUCUGAUAUUAACAAUUACGCGAAUAUUGGAUUCAAUGUUGAACUUCAAGAGACCGUAAUGACCAUACAUUUUCUCGAUGUAAAUUGCGAUAGUUUAAAAAGCUUCAUCAUACAGGAAUGCUUGACCUGGCAACACAAACUAAGUUCUCUUAUGUUACGAGUAACCGAGAACAAAAUCAAUCACAUCUAUCAAUAUAUCGCUGAAAAUACAAAAAAAAUAACGAAGGAAAUAACGGAUCUGAUCAGUAUGCAAUUCGCGAUGCAGUUGUUCGAGAGACUUAACGCCGAGAUUCCGAAGGAGGAGGCAGAAUUCCCUAAGAUCAUGGAGUUCUACGAAAUGUUGGAAAAAUACGAGGUACCGACAACGUUUGAAUUUAAAAGAAAAGUAAAAGACAUCGACCGAUCGUGGUCUGCCUACUUGGAGCUACUUGUUUCCUACGAAGUUAUUUUAUCCGAAAAGAAGGAGGAAUUCAGAAACAAUUUAUUCGUGGAUUUGUCUAUGUUUAACGAAAAUACGCAGUUGUUGAUCCGUAAAUAUUAUGAUACUGGACCGUUUACGUCAGACUGGCAAACAGAUGAUGCGUUCACGUGGAUUAAUGUCUUCUAUAAGGAAAUACACGUAUUGAAGGAACGUGAAAAAAUGCUUCAAGAACAUCUCAAAAUUUUUGGCUUGAGUCAACCAGAUUCUCUGGAAUUGGUAGAACUCGAGGAAAACUUAGCGAUUAUCGAGAUUGUUUGGAAACUGACCGCCGAGUGGAACGAAGCAUGGAAUCGUUACAAGAACGAGCAAUUUUGGAAGAUAGAAAUAGAAGAGAUGGACACAGUUGCGAACGCCCUAUUUCGAAAACUCACAAGACUCUGCAGAGAGCUUAAGGAGAGAAACUGGGAGAUCGUUGAGCACACGAGAUCUAGAGUCGAUAAAUUUCGUCGUACAUUGCCACUGAUAACCGACUUAAAGAAUCACGCUAUGAGAUCACGUCAUUGGAGACAAGUUAAGGACAUCUUAUCAAGAGAAUUCGACGAGACGUCCGAAGAUUUUACUCUCGACGCCAUUGCCGACAUGCAGAUGCAAAAUUUCUCUGAACAGAUCGCCGAAAUCUCGAACAGUGCAACGAUGGAACUUGAAAUAGAAUUGGGAUUGCAGCGUAUCAGCGCUGUUUGGAAAGUAAUGACAAUAGAGAUGACACCGUACAAGACUAAAGGUAUCUAUAAAUUGGAAAGUAUAGACGAUAUAGUAGAAGCGCUGGAGGAUCAUCAAGUUCUUUUGUCUUCGAUGAAAUCGACAAGAUUUGUCGAGCCAUUCGCAGCGGAAGUCGACUAUUGGGAACGGGCUCUCUCUACUGUGGGGGAGGUUCUCGAGAUGGUGCUCAGCGUUCAAAGAAGCUAUUUCUAUAUGGACAAUAUAUUCUCGAGCGAAGACAUUAGAAAACAACUUCCAAAAGAAAGCCACGACUACGACAAGUUGACACUAUCCUGGGUGCAAAUCACGUCCCGCAUGGCGGGCCACAGAUUGGCUUUACCGGCCACUCACGUUCCGCCCGGCUUGCUCGAAGUUCUGAAUAAACUCAAUGAGAACUUGGAGAUACUGCAACGUGCUCUAGAACAAUAUCUCGAGACUAAACGAUACAUAUUUCCAAGAUUCUACUUCAUUUCGAACGAUGAUUUACUUGAGAUACUUGCAAACUCAAGGAAACCGGAACUUAUACAGCCUCAUAUCAAGAAGCUAUUCGAAAAUAUAAAAUUUUUAACACUGUUCAAGUCAUUAACAGGUAAACUAUUAGCCACUGCCAUGAAUUCCAAUGACGGUGAAUACGUUCAAUUCCUUAAUCCAGUUGUCUUAGAAGGUCAUGUCGAAAACUGGCUAUGUAAUAUAGAGGAAGCGAUGAGAGAGAGUUUGCACGAGUUGUUGAAGCGUUGCAGAGAGGCGCUGCGAAAAAUGCUCGCAAAACGCGACAGGUGGGUGAAAGAGUGGCCGAGCCAGCCAGGAAUUACGUCCACUCAAAUCCAAUGGACGACCGACUGCACCAGGACACUCAUGCACUGCAAAUUGGUGGACUCGAAGAAACCAUUGAGACGAUCAAAAAAGAAACAAAAUCAGGCAUUGGCCAAAUACUCGGAGGCAAUAAGAAGUGAUCUGAGUAAUUUAGAUCGUCUUAAAUUCAAGGCCAUCGUUGUAAUCGAAAUCCAUGCGAGAGACGUUAUAGAAAGAAUGUACAAAAACAAUUGCAAGGACGUCGCCGCCUUCGAGUGGUUAUCUCAACUAAGAUUCUACUGGGAAAAAGACAUCGACAAUUGCAUUGUACGCCAAACGAAUACUCAUUUUAUAUACGGAUACGAGUAUCUUGGAAAUUCGGGACGUCUCGUGAUAACGCCAUUGACUGAUCGAUGUUACAUUACUCUGACGACGGCGCUUCAUUUGUAUCGAGGGGGAAGCCCUAAGGGCCCAGCUGGAACAGGGAAAACCGAGACAGUUAAGGAUCUUGGAAAGGCAUUGGGAUUCAAUGUGAUCGUGCAGAAUUGCUCAGAAGGGCUAGAUUACAUAAGCAUGGGAAGAAUGUUCUCGGGUUUAGCUCAGACAGGUGCUUGGGGUUGUUUCGAUGAAUUUAACAGAAUCAAUAUCGAAGUAUUAUCCGUCGUGGCGCAACAGAUAUUAUCAAUACUAACCGCAGUCUCUCAGAAACUUCAGAGAUUCGUUUUCGAGAGCAAAGAGAUAAGGUUGAUUAGUACCUGUGGUAUCUUCAUCACGAUGAAUCCCGGGUACGCGGGUCGUACAGAACUUCCAGAUAAUUUGAAAUCCAUGUUCAGACCGAUCUCGAUGAUGGUACCAGACAGCAGCAUGAUCGCCGAGAUCAAUUUAUUUGGAGAAGGAUUUCAGGAAACUCGCAUACUUGCUCGGAAGGUCUUUACCUUGUAUACAUUGGCACAACAACAAUUGAGCAAACAAUAUCACUAUGAUUUUGGAUUAAGAGGUAUAGUGACUUUGACUCGAUACGCCGGCUGGAAGAAACGUCUUCAUCCGAAUUUAGCUGACGACGAGGUGAUCAUUCUUGCGAUGAAAGACAUGAACGUGGCGAAACUUACGUCCAACGAUCUGCCUCUCUUCCUUGGAAUCACCACCGAUCUAUUUCCUACCGUAGACGUGCCAACCGUAGAUUACGAGGAAAUCAUUGGUUAUAUUACUAAAGAGGCUAUCAAGUUAAAGCUACAACCGAUUCCUUUGAUAAUCACAAAAGUGAUUCAACUUUACGAGACGAAAAAUUCGAGACAUUCGACGAUGAUUGUCGGUGAAUCAAACACUGCGAAGACGGUCACAUGGAAAAUAUUGCAAAAUACGAUGAGCGGAAUGAAGAACGAUGAAAAACCGGGUUACAACGCCGUUCAUGUCUAUCCAAUUAAUCCUAAAGCAUUGAACCUCAGCGAGCUCUAUGGCGAAUACAAUCUCUCGACCGGAGAGUGGCUUGAUGGAGUAAUAUCGUCGAUCAUGCGGAAGACCUGCUCCAGCGAGUCGCCCGACGAAAAGUGGAUUCUCUUUGACGGGCCUGUCGAUGCCGUGUGGAUCGAAAAUAUGAACAGUGUUAUGGACGAUAACAAAAUCUUGACGCUGAUCAAUAACGAGCGAAUCACGAUGCCGAAACAAGUGUCCUUGUUGUUCGAGGUUCAGGAUCUCUGUGUUGCCUCUCCUGCCACCGUUUCUAGGGCAGGUAUGGUUUAUAACGAUUACAAGGAUCUUGGUUGGCGUCCUCUCGUUAAAUCUUGGUUACAGAGUCACGAGAAGGAACCUGUCUUCGUUGAACAUAUGAAAGAACUCUUCGAUCGUUUCAUCGACAUAACGUUGGAAUUUAAGCAUCACAAGUGCGAGGAACUCGUGCCAGUUCCUGAAUUAAAUUCCAUUCAGUCCCUCUGUAAGCUUCUCGAUGUGCUCGCCAGACCCAAGACCAGCGCCGAAGUUGGCAACGACGAAGAGGCGUUCUCCACCAUUUGCAAGAUCUGGUUUCUCUUCUGCAUGAUAUGGUCAUUGUGUGCCUCAGUUGAUGAAGAGGGCCGUCAAAAGAUGGACAAUUUCAUAAGAGAAUUAGAAGGAUCAUUUCCCUUGAGAGAUACCAUCUACGAAUAUUACGUAGACGUGCGUCAGCGUAGUUUCGUUUCGUGGGAAGAAAAAUUAUCUCAUGCCUGGAGGUUUCAACCGGGGACACCAUUUCACAAUAUAAUUGUACCGACGGUGGACACUGUUCGUUACAAUUACAUCGUAAGCAAUCUGUUAAUCAAUGGUUAUCCCGUCCUUCUGGUUGGUCCUGUAGGCACUGGAAAAAGCUCAAUUGCACGAUCAGCUUUAGAAUCCAUGGAUAAUAUCAAAUAUGGAUUACUCGUUAUAAAUAUGUCUGCUCAAACAACAUCGAAUAACGUACAGGAAGCUAUUGAGAGCAGACUGGAGAAACGCACGAAAGCGGUUUACAUUCCCGUCGGCAAUAAAACGAUGAUAACUUUUAUGGACGACUUUAACAUGCCGAUGAAAGAGACGUACGGAGCACAGCCACCAUUGGAACUGAUCCGUCAGUGGAUCGACUAUGGAUUCUGGUACGAUCGACAGAAUCAACAGAAAAAAUAUAUACAAAAGAUACAAUUAAUAGCAGCAAUGGGUCCACCUGGUGGUGGUCGUAACAUAAUCUCGAAUCGAUUACUUACGAGAUUUAAUAUCAUUAAUAUGACGUUUCCCAGUGAAAAACAAAUCAUUCGAAUAUACGGGACGAUGCUUAAUCAACAAAUCGCAGACUUUUCUUCGGAAGUGAAGGGAAUUGCCGAUACAAUAACGAUUGCCACUAUAACUUUAUAUAAUCGCGUUGUAUUAAAAAUGUUACCAACACCCGCCAAGAUGCAUUAUAUCUUCAAUUUGCGUGAUAUAUCGAAGAUAUUUCAAGGAUUGCUUCGAAGUCACAAGGAUCAUCAAUAUUCGAUUCAUACAUUUCUACGUUUGUGGAUGCAUGAAACUUAUCGUGUUUUUUGCGAUCGUUUCAUCGACGAGAAAGAUACUGAAUGGUUCCUUGGACAGAUAGGUGAACUACUUGGUAAAUAUUUCGAGCUAACAAUAACAAGCGUAUGUCCGGAUAAAACGAUUCCUCUUUUCGGUAACUUUAUGAAUGCCUGGAACAUAUACGAGGAUCUCGUGGAUAUCGCCGCCGUGAGACGCCAUAUAGAGGAACAAAUGGACGAAUAUAACGCUUCUACUGGUGUAGUACGCCUCGAUCUCAUUCUUUUUCAGGAUGCGGUCGAGCAUAUAUGCCGCAUUGUCCGUGUGAUAUCUCAGCCCCGAGGCAACAUGUUACUAGUUGGUAUAGGAGGUAGUGGCAGACAAUCAGUAUCCCGUAUCGCAGCUUACAUGUGCGAGUUGACCACCUUUCAAAUCGUCGUUACGAAACAAUACAGAGUGAUGGAAUUCCGCGAGGACCUGAAAAAGCUUUACUCGAUGGCAGGAGUUGAGAAUAAGCCGACUAGUUUUCUCUUCAAUGAUACCCAAGUGGCGGAGGAACAGUUUCUCGAGAUAGUUAACAAUAUGCUGAGCACCGGUGAAGUAGCCAAUCUCUACAAAAUCGAUGAAAUGGAAGACAUUAAAAAUCGUUUAAUGAAAGAAGCUACGAAGAUCGGCAUAAUACCAACGGUAGAAUCGAUCUAUUCCUUCCUGAUCGAAAGGGUUCGCGCCAAUAUGCACGUGAUAUUGUGCAUGAGUCCGAUCGGGGACGCCUUCAGGAACAGAUUACGGCAAUACCCAUCCCUGAUCAAUUGCACGACCAUCGAUUGGUUUCUGGAAUGGCCGAAGGAAGCUCUUCUCGAAGUUGGCAACAAGUUCCUCAUGAAUCUCAAUCUGACGCUCACUAUCACCGGCGAAAAUAAAGUGGAACCAAGACAAUCCGCCACAGCCAUUCCGAUUUUACCAUUACAAGAACGAAUGCGAAACGGAAUCGCGUCAACAUUUGCUUCGAUCCAUAGCAUGGUCUCGCGAUUUUCCAUUCGUAUGGCAAAUGAAAUGAAACGAUAUAAUUAUGUCACGCCUACGAACUUUCUUGAAUUGGUCUUUGGUUACAAAGAUAUGAUGAAUAAAAAGAGACAGAAUUUGGCCGAUCAAGCGAAUAAACUUCGAGGUGGGAUCUUCAAGAUCGACGAUACUCAGGCAAAGGUCAAUGAAAUGGCCGCUGAGUUGGAGAUAACGCAAGAACAGGUGCAGACAUCUACUAGAGAAUGCGAGGAAUUCUUGGUAACAAUAGUUAAUCAACGUCGUGACGCCGAUGAUGCUCAAAAAAUGGUCACAGCAAAAUCCCUUAGAAUUGCCGAAGAACAGAAAGAAUGCAAGAAGCUCGAAGAGAUAGCACGUGCCGAUUUGGCCACUGUCGAGCCAGCUUUGAACGAAGCUAUGAAAGCGUUGGAAGCGUUGAACAAGAAAGAUCUGGCGGAAAUAAAGUCCUUCGCUCGACCACCACCAAAGGUCGAAAUGGUAAUGGAGGCAGUUAUGAUUCUAAAGAACUCAGAACCAACCUGGGCGGAAUCCAAGCGUCAGCUGGGAGACGUGAACUUCAUUAACACCCUACGCGAUUUCAACAAGGAUCAUAUAUCGGAUAGAGUAUUGAGAGCUAUUGGAAAAUAUACGACCAAUCCGGAAUUCGAUCCUGUAAAAGUAGGCGUUGUCUCGGUCGCCGCCAAGUCGCUUUGCAUGUGGGUCAUAGCCAUGGAAAAAUAUGGAAAGCUCUAUAGGAUCGUAGCGCCGAAAAGAGAGAAACUCGAGGCCGCCUUGGAAUCUUUGCGGCAAAAGGAAGCUGCUUUGACGGAGGCUACGAUGCAACUGCAAAAGAUACAGGAGGAUCUCGAAACGUUGCAGAAAAUGUACGACGCGAAGAUGAAAGAAAAGCAGGAUUUAAUCAAAAUGGCAGAGUUGUUGAAGGUUAAAUUAGAUCGCGCGGCUAUGCUGGUCGAAGGUCUGUCAGGAGAAAGGAUUCGAUGGUUGGAAACGGUAGAAUCAUUGGGAGAAUUCUUCGACUGGUUACCCGGUGACUGUCUAAUAUCAACGGCCUUCGUGUCUUACUUGGGACCUUUCGUGUCGAAUUACAGGGACGAACUAUUCACGAUUUGGAUGAAAGAGGUAAACGAGAAGGAAAUCCCGAUGUCGCCUAGACUCGACGUGAAGGAAUUUCUAGCUGAUCCCACGACGAUCAGAGAGUGGAACAUUCAGGGAUUACCUUCGGAUGGGUUUAGUACCGAGAACGGUAUCAUCGUGACGAGAGGCACUAGAUGGCCACUCGUAAUCGAUCCACAAUGUCAAGCGGUGAAGUGGAUCAAGAACAUGGAGGCAAAGAAUUCUCUGCGAGUAAUCGAUUUUGGCCAAGCGGACUUUAUGAGAGUUUUGGAACAAGCACUGCAGUUUGGCUGGCCGGUUUUGCUCGAGAACGUUGGAGAAACUCUCGAUCCAGCCCUGAAUCCGAUUCUGGAAAGAGCUUUUAUCAAAUCAGGUGAUCAAGUGAUGAUCAAGUUUAACGAUAAGAUGAUCACUUUCAAUGCCAAAUUUCGACUGUUCAUCACAACGAAACUUUCGAACCCCCAUUACGCUCCGGAGAUAUCCACUAAAACGACGUUAUGCAACUUCGCCAUUAAGGAACAAGGAUUAGAGGCACAACUCUUGGGAAUCGUGGUCAGGAAAGAGAAGCCGCAACUUGAAGAACAAAAGGACAGUCUCGUCCUCACGAUCGCAUCCGGCAAGCGGACGUUGAAGGAACUGGAGGAUAGAAUUCUCUAUCUGCUGAGCGAGGCUGGACCUAACCUUCUCGACGACCUGGACCUUCUCAACACUCUACAAACGUCUAAGGCUACAUCGAUAUCCAUAGCUGAAUCGUUAGUGACGUCAGAAGAAACUGAACGAGAGAUAGACAUAGCGAGGGAAGAUUAUAGAUCAUGUUCUCGACGAGCUUCGAUACUUUUCUUCGUUCUCACAGAUAUGAGUCUGAUCGAUCCGAUGUAUCAAUUUUCUCUUGACUCAUACAUCGCCCUGUUCAUGUUGUCCAUUGACAAAAGUCCAAAGAGCACAAAACUUGUCGAUAGAAUUGAGAAACUUAAUGAUUAUCAUACUUACGCUCUAUACAAAAAUACCUGUCGAGGAUUAUUCGAAAAACACAAACUAUUAUUUUCCUUCAAUAUGUGCGUUAAGAUAUUAAACGCUGAAGGAAGGAUAAUCUCUUGGGAAUAUGCGUUUCUUCUUAGAGGUGGGAUCGUUCUGGAUCGAGAGAAUCAACCGGACAAGCCUGUACCUUGGUUGCCUCCGGAAACUUGGGACAAUAUAACGGAACUCGACAAACUUCCAGGAUUUCACGGUUUGAUUUCGUCCUUCGAACAAUACUCGCGGGAUUGGCACAAUUGGUAUAUUAGUACGGAACCGGAAAAUACUUCACUCGUUGGCGAAUUGGAAGAGGGCUGUACAGCAUUUCAAAGAAUGAUGAUUAUACGUAGUUGUCGACCCGACAGAAUGUCUUCCGCAAUUGCAAACUUUAUCAUACGAAAUGUAGAUCAGAAAUUUGUCGAACCACCGGUACUCGACUUAAAAGCAGUGUUGGACGAUUCCAUUGCUCAGACACCCUUGAUUUUUGUCCUUUCACCUGGUGUAGAUCCCACGAGCAUAUUAAUGCAACUCGCAGAAAACCAACAAAUGAUGGACAAAUUUAUGAGUCUAUCCUUGGGUCAAGGACAGGCACCUGUAGCAACUAAAAUGAUACAAAUUGGUGCAAAAAAGGGAUUAUGGGUUUUCUUAGCGAAUUGCCACUUAUCGCUCAGCUGGAUGCCGAAAUUGGACAAGAUCGUCGAGACCCUUAUCAAUAACAAAGCUUUGAAUCCGAACUUUAGAUUAUGGCUUAGUUCGAGUCCAACUCCUGAGUUUCCGAUAUCGAUCCUCCAAGCUGGGAUAAAAAUGACGACGGAACCACCUAAAGGAUUGAAAGCCAAUAUGAAGCGACUGUAUAGUCUCGUUACAGAGGCCCAAUUCGAUGUGUGUCAAGCGAAAUCCAAGUAUAAGAAGCUCCUCUUCGUUCUUGUCUUCUUUCAUUCGAUUCUCCUUGAACGAAAGAAGUUCCAGCAACUUGGUUGGAAUGUCAUUUACAGCUUCAACGAUUCCGACUUUGAGGUAUCGGAGAAUCUUCUUCAGGUGUAUUUGGACGAAUACCCAGAUACACCAUGGGAAUCCUUGAAAUAUCUUAUUGCGGGUGUUUGUUAUGGCGGUCACGUGACCGAUGACUGGGAUCGUCGGUUGUUGAUGACAUAUGUCCAACAAUAUUUCACCGACGAAGUUCUGACUAUCCCUUAUUAUCGUUUGUCAUCACUCCCGACAUAUUACGUACCACGAGACGGCUCCUUGGAAUUCUAUCGUGACAUUAUUAUGACGUUACCGACCGUCGAUAGACCAGAAGCAUUUGGACAACAUCCUAACGCAGAUAUAACCAGUCUUAUUAUGGAAACGAGAAAUAUAUGCAAAACCUUAAUGAGUCUUCAAGUUCAAGCGAUUACCAGCGAAGAGGAAACGAACAAGGAGGAAAAGGUGAUACAAUUAACCAUGGAUGUUAUAUCAAAAAUACCAAAGAACAUAGAUUAUGAAACAAUCGAUAGAUUGAUAGGGCCAAUCAAGAAACCUCUCGAUGUCGUACUUCUUCAAGAAAUAGGUCGCUAUAAUGUACUCUUAACGAAAACUCGAAGCAGUUUGAAUGAGUUACAACGUGGUAUACGCGGUUUGGUCUUGAUGUCGUCCGACUUGGAAGAGAUUUUUACAUGCAUAUACGAAGGCAGAGUUCCCUCCCUUUGGCUGACCGCUUAUCCAUCCUUGAAGCUUCUCGGAGCUUGGACCAGAGAUUUGAUCAGCCGCAUUGAGCAUUUCGCUACUUGGGCUGAGACCACACAUCCGCCUGUGCUCUUCUGGCUAGCCGCGUUUACGUUUCCAACAGGUUUCCUCACAGCCGUAUUGCAAACUUCGGCAAGAAUGUGGAAUAUAUCGAUUGAUUCGUUAACUUGGGAAUUCAUAGUUCAGACGAUCGAUGAUUCUGCCAUCAUCGAAUCACCUACGGAUGGAGUGUACGUGCGAUCAAUGUUCUUGGAAGGAGCAGGAUGGGACAAGAAAAAUGCGACACUCGUUGAACCAGCACCGAUGCAGCUUGUUUACGACAUGCCCGUGAUACACUUUAAACCUACCGAACGUUUCAGAAAAACUAAAGGAUUAUACAAUUGUCCGACGUAUUAUUAUCCUCAAAGAUCCGGUGAUCAAAAUCGUCCCGCUUUCGUCGUGACUGUCGAUUUAAAAACUGGAUCGGAGGUUGCUGAUUUAUGGGUAACACGUGGUACAGCUCUUCUUCUUAGUCUGGCCGUUUAAUUUUGUUCGAUUGUUACGUUUAAUUGCGUUAACAAUACUCAAGAUAAUAUUAUCAAUGAUAAUUUCUUAUAGUAUAAAAAAUGUAUGUAUUACUUCCUUAAUAAUUUAAUAAGCCUAUUU